AUGACAAAAAAUUUGUUUGUUGUAAUUGCUAUUUUAUCAUCAGCAAUAUUGCCAAUAUUCAUAGAGGCGCAAGGAUUUACAGGCUAUCCAGCAGUUGAUGUACCACCACCGAUGAAGGAAGAAUGGAAGCUCGACUUAUCUAAUGUUCCAAAUGCUCCAAUUGUUGCAAAAAAUAAAGUAGGCACGGAUUGUCCUGCCAAUGAUCCAUUUUGUAAUUGGAGUUGUACAAACUGCGUGAAUAAUAAGACUGAUUAUAUUCAAUGUCCUGAUAAAACUGUAUGGGGUAUUACUUAUGAUGAUGCAUUAACAACUCAAACAAAUGAAGAAAUUAUAGCUGAGAUAAAAUGGACUGAACAAAUCAUCAAACAAGUAACUGGCGCGACUCCUACCUUUAUGAGACCACCAUAUGGCGAUAUAGAUGACCGCGUUAGAUCUGUACUUACAUUACUAGGAUAUAAAGUUGUUAUAUGGGAUCUUGACACAGAUGAUUGGAAGUCAACAGAUCCAGGUUUUGUACCGGAGUCUAUUACUGCAAAAUUUACUGAAUGGGUAAAAGAUACAACUGCAACUACUGGUCAUAUUUCUUUGGAACAUGAUUUGUAUCCUAUAUCUAGUAAAAUGGCACUUCCAUCCCUUGAUAUUGUUUUGGGUGCUAAUUUUCAAGUAGAACAAGUGGCCAAGUGUAUAUCUGAAUCUCCAUAUCGUGAAUUUACUGGUUUUCCUGGUGAUAAUUCUACUAGCCCAUCUCCAGCAAUUAGUAGCACUUCUGCUAGUGUUGCUAUGACACCAACUACUUCUUUAAAUAACAAUGUUGCUAUAACAUCAGCGACACCAACAUCAUUCA